CACAAACAUGGCCGAUCUCGCGACGAUCAUCGGGUACGGCUCACUGCUGUCCGAGACGUCGGCGCGGUCGACAUUUGGCCACCACGUCAAGAACUUUCGCUUCGGGCGCGUGCACAACUACCGCCGCGUGUUUGCGCAUCCCGCGUCGAUCUUCUUUCAGCGUGGCAUUGCCAACUACGACACCCAGGAAUUCGCGAGCCUGUCGGCCGAGCCCAGUAUCGGUUCGUCGUUUACAGUCAGUGCGUUUGAGAUCCCGACGUCGCAGCUGCCCGACUUUUACGACCGCGAGGAAGAGUUUUCAAUCGAGUCGAUCUCGUUUCACGACACAAAGGGCGGCGCCGUGUCCACGGGGUUGAUGUGCUGCCGCUGGUCCGAUGCAGCCUACAUCGCCACACGCGGCCAAGAUACCUUCGAUCGACGGUACAAGGCAUACGGCCUCGACACGAUCUGGGGCUACAACGCUUCGAGUGGCAUCCUCCCUUGCCGUGUGCGUCUGCCUUCGGCUCACACGACGACACUGCCAUAACAUCCUGCUGCGUAGGUGUACCUGAGGCACUGCAUCUUGGCGGUUCAAAAACUUGGCGAAGAUGUAUACGACGACUUUGUUCAGAAUACGUUUCUCGGCGACCGCAAAACGACGAUCCAGACGUAUCUGGCGGAAAACCCUACCAUCAUGACCACGGUACCGCCGCCGCAUCUUGUCGGGCGCUACAGCGGCUGAUUCAGCGCCAUCAACUACGAUUCUCCCGUCGAUUCCAACAAGCGGCGGCGGGUUGCUAGCGUUCAUGCAGAUGCAGCUGGCAGCAUGCAACGGCCACAACAAAGGAAAGACCAUGGGGUAGUCAGACGUGACAGCUCAACACGAAUGCAGCGAGUCGUUCUGGUCCA